GAAGAAAAGCUAGCAACUAGCUGGAAUUACCUUCUUGGAGCUAGAGGAUCCUCAUCCCCAUUGGAGUAUCUCCAAGAGACGCUGGGGGUCUGACAAUUUCAGGUUGACCUCCUACCAGCACUAUGGGAAAUGAAAUGAGUGUUCCACAAAAAAAUGAAGAGCAAACGAAUGAAUCAUCAACAGACUCUUCACAGAUUGCUUCUGAUUCCGGAUGUGUUCAAAAUGGGAUGCCUGUUCUAGAGUCAGUUCUCAUUGUUCAACAGAAAAAUGAUGCCAGUGCAGAGACAAGUGUUAACCAGGGUAGUAUGGCCACUUCUUUCCAUAAAACAAUGGAGAUAAGCACUGUUUCUGAGGCCAACGGAAAGAAUCUUGGGAAGGAGGCCAAAGCCCCAACACCAGCUGCUAAAUCUCGUUUUUUCUUGACACUCUCGCGGCCUGUACCAGGACGUACCGGAGACCAAGGCAUAGAUUCAUCAGUUGGAUCAGUGAGCCUGGAUGUCAGCUCUGAAAACCCCCCAGCGAACAAAGCAUCAAGUGAGAACAUGAAACUUCCGGCAACAGCUGCACUGGAAGAAGAUUCAAAUAAAACCCAAAAUCAGGUCCCAGCUGAAGCAUCCCUUAGUGCUACUGAGCCACCAACGUCGCUUCUACCUGAGGCAGAGGGUGCAGCCCCUGCCAAACCUAAGGAACCCAGCUUUUUUGACAAAUUCUUCAAACUGGACAAGAAAAAAGAAAAUAUACCAGUUCCCAUUGGAAUCCAAGAGGGAACUGAGAAUACAGAGAACCAACACCUGGACAGAGAGACUCCUGGAUUAUCAAGCCAGUCGAACAAUGUCCCAGAGGAGAAGGACAUAGUUGACAGCAAGGAAAAGAGUGGACAGGAAAACCCAGUAGGUGUCAAUUCCUCAGUCUCUGAAGAUACAGAGAAACCUGAAAUUGUGCAAGAAAAUCUUCAGACUGUAAAUAUAACAGAGAACACUAAUUCCGUCAUGAGUUUCUUUAAAACACUGGUUUCCUCUAACAAAGCUGAAACGAAAACUGAUUCAGAAGACAAGGGAUCGAAAGCUGAGAAGGUCCAGGAUGGACCAACUGGUCAGAAGACAACGGGAGAAGUCCAAGCCAAAGGAGCUAAGAAAAAGAAUCCAGAGAGCCCCAGGCUAGGCUACGCCUUUAGAAAAUUCUUUAGACAUAAGUCUUCAAAAGAAACUCAAUCAACAUCAAAUACCAAAGGUGCUGAAAAGUCACCUGCUUCUUCAGCUAAUACAAAAUCAGACAAAGCCACCUCUUCGUCACCUGAGGCUCAGGGGACACAGAAGAAUACUAAAGGCUUGGACUCUUCAGCUCAGCAACAGACAGCAGCAUCUUCUGAAUCUGCAAAGGAUGGAACAAAGGAGAAAUCCCCCACUUCUCUUCCUCUGGGAAAGCUGUUUUGGAAAAAGUCAAUUAAAGAGGAUACAGUUUCCAAAGGUGCAGAGGAAAAUCAAACCCAAACCCAAACCCAGGAAGCAUGUGAAGCACCAGUAGAGAUUAUAAAGUCCGAGGACAUAGAAGCAUCCUUACAAACUAUAGAGCUGAAUGAAGAAGAAGCUGUAAGUCCUGAGCCUGUCCCAGCCAAGCCCAACACAGAAGAAAACAAGCCACGGAAACCAAACCUGAGGCUGUUUCUCAGACAACUGUCAAUGAGAGGUGAUGGAGAGUAUACUAGUUCAGAAGAAGUCAAUGGGAAAGACUCUAAUGGUCAAGUAAACUCAGACUCCACAGAAAAGGCUAUCACACCCCCUGAAACUGAACCAGCAGGGCCUGGGCAGAAGAACAAAGAAGGUUCUAAGGACAAGAAGCCCACAGCUGAUCAGAACAAGCAGAAGGGAAACAAAAAGGAUGCCUCAGAGCAGGUGAACUCCCCUGAUCGCCGAGGGGCCGAGAAGAAUUCCAUGCAAAAUGGAGGAGACUCCAAAGAAAGCCCCCUGAAGAGGCUGGAGAAGCGACAGUCUUUGGGAGGCUUCUUUAAAGGCCUCGGACCAAAACGGAUGUCUGAUGCAGAAGUGCAAACAGAUCCUGUGUCUAUUGGCCCAGUUGGGAAAUCUAAGUAAUAAAUACCCACAAAGCUAUUGAAGAAUCCCUGCUCACAAGUUCUCCCAGAGUCGAGCUGACUUUUCCCUACCCCACUACUCCUCCCUCCUUUCCACCACUGUUGUCAUCAAUUGAGACCCUUGCCUAAGGAUAAAAGCAACAGCUGAUGUACAUUGAGGUGUAUUAUUUACAUAUCUGGUCCAUUAUUAUGCCAAUCAAUAAUUGUAAAGGUCAUCCUUAAGCAAAAUGUAUGUAGUAUUGUAACUAAAGAGAGGCCAGUAACGUGGAGGGGUGGGAUGAGGGGCCAUUAUUCUAAAUAAGAUAUGAAGUGAUAAAAAUGGCAGCCAUUGGAAAAAAAAAAAGUCAAUUGCAUAAUACUUAAUGUACACUGAGAGGAUUAAGAUUUUGUAGUCAACAAAUGCUUGACCUCAAAACUUGAAAUUAAGUAUAAAAUUGAGAUUGUUUCAGAAUGCUUUCACAGAGUAAACUAAACAGUCCUAAUCUGUUGAAGGUGAUGGUAUCACCAAGUUUUCAGAUUUCUUAGAUCUAAAGAAGGAAUGAUUGAAAGGUUAUUUUUCAAAUAGGUCCUUGAAAGGUAAUGAAAAUGAGGAAAUGUGUAAAGGCUAAAUAGAGAGGACCUGAAAUGAUUCAGAAAAAAUGGGCAUUGUUUUUUGUUUUGUUUUGUUUUUCUUUUUCUUUCUUUCUUUUCUUUUUUUUUUCCUGGCACGGUUUGGGGACUUAAAGUGAGGUAACUUUUUUUUUAAGCUGCAAGUAUCAUAGACCACCAGAGGGAGCCAGGGUCUCCAUUCUCAAACACUGUGCUACUAACACAGAUUCUGUAUCUGCAGUCUUACAUUAUUAAUGUUUUUCAGAUGCCUGAGAAGCCUUCAUCUGUUUUGUCUGACACUUGUCCAGAGUCUUGUCUGUAAUUUCCUAAUGAAAAAUCUGCAUAUUAUCGAGAUUCUGUCUGUUUUACCAAAUUCCUUCCUCUAACCCAGCUUAAUAAAGUUUACUGAAGAUUCAAA